GUGUGUGUAUGCGUCUUGCAUUCGCACACAUUGCUGGAAAAGAUUAUAUUCCGGGAAGAUUGUUUAUCUAAUCUUUGCUACGCUGCUGUAGCGUUCUUUUACGCAACUACACCGCGCCGUCUCAGUCGGUUCAUACCAUUCUUGGUAUUCACUUUGUUCGUUGUGUUUUCCUACGGAUAGCGGACGGUAGAAGUGACCAACCACUCCUCGCAUGUUGCGAGUGCAAUUGUGCGUAGGUAGUUUACACCAUAGGCGAGUAUUAUUACAAUGUGAAAGCGACGGAGUAAUUGGAAACAGAUAAUUUUAAAGUGCAGUUAUAACAACACCGAUGUGAUCGCAUAGUGAUCAUGAAACCUUCGAACAGAAACGCGAAGCUCAAAGAAAUUCUCGGCCUUAUUCAGCGGCCGGAUUACAACGCGGCGUCAGAAUCGACCUUCGACGAUCUCCUUUCACACAUCGAGAAGAGCAUUUCAAACAGAUGUUGCAGAAGCUGCGACAUCGACAAGUCGAUCCUGCAAAAAUGGGUUCUAAACGCACUGGCAGCAUGGACUUCGGCCGAGAAGAAACCGAGUCAGUCAGUGAUAGUGUUCACCGUGAAACUGGUUGGACUUCUGAGCCGCGACGAGUUCGAUUUUCUAUUCUGGUACCGCGAGGAUGCGUUCAAAAAAAUGUGCGCAGCUUUCGCGUUCAAGAAAGACGACAUUCAGACGUCCGUUAAGGUUGCCUACGUUGGAAUGUUCCUCCAAUUCGUUAAUCACAAGAGCGGACGACGUUGGAUCAUCGAGUCUGGUGCAUGGAAAGAAGUGGUCAAACUCACCGAAUCGAGUAAACAGCCGCAGGUCGUGACCAGUGAGAGUAAAAAAUUCGUCUGCAAAUUACUCCUCGCCGAAUCGUCGAACACGACAUUUUGCGAACAAGUGAUUUCGGUGAUCGCCCAGCCUCUGAUCAACCGCAAUAUCGCCAGUCCGGUUCAUCCUGAGCUCGAACAUCUCAACAAUCCGGCACAAAAUGCCGAGUUUUUCACCGCGUUGGAACUGAUAACUGAGGUAAUGGAGAAAACGGUGUUCGCCACGAUGGACAACACCAUACCGCGUCUUGUGGCGACGAUGACGAGUCUAGAUUUGCAGCUUCAAAUCUUGUUCGAAACAUGCACAAGCCAAAGUUUCUACCGUCACAUUAUGAACCUGAUGUAUCUGAUUGUGUUCACAAGACUGAAGGACGGAAUGACGGUACCCGACGGAGUGGUCGAGAAAGAAGUUUGGAGGGUAUUCAAGGAUAGCUUAAGGUACAUCGAAUCGGUGCUGAUAGUCAAGAGACACAUCCAGGACAUCGUCAUAGGCGAAAAAAUAUUCUUGACUUACUUGAAAAGGAUGAACAAGUUAUGCGAAAUCAAUGAACCCGACGAUAAAAAAAUCGAGCAUCACGCCAUUCUGAUGAUGCUAAUGCCGAUGUCAUCAUGCGUAGCGAGAGGCGAGGUUGAUGUGGAUAUAAUCGAAACGUUGGCAUACAAACUUAUGUCAAUGACUGACCCCGCUACCCAGAGAUUGAGCUACAUGGUUCGAAGUACCGUUCUCAACGACGAUGACCUACCGGCGGAAGAUAUCGCCAAAACUUCGGCCCAGCUGUCAACCGAUGUCCUGGACAUCGUUGACAGAGACAGCAUGGUGGUCAUAUUUCAAGUGAUGUCGCACACGUUGAACAACUACGUUAACUUGCGGAGCAGUAAAAUGUGGCCGAACGAAGUGAGUUGCACCGGUUUCGCAGAUCUCAAACAAGACGACAUAAAGAAUGUAAGAAUUGAUAGACGAAAGUGGCGAGUUCGCGGGGAUCCGAUUAUCAAAUUCCCAGACCUCUUGUCUACACUGAUGGACGGUAUCGCGACGAUUCUGACCAAGUAUCAACUCAAGUGGCAAGACUGUUUGGAAACCAUAAGCAUUCUCACCCUGGCAGAAGACAUCAUCAAUCAUCCAAAAAUCACUCCGAAGGUAUGUGUCCAAGCACUGACACUGUGCAAAUUGGCAGUGGAAAAUUUUAUGGCACCAAAAUUGGCAUUGUUGGUGCAAUCCGACAGUCGCGAGGAUGAAAUGGGAUGCAUUUUGUACAAAAGAAUGCACGAUCCUAACUGGAAGGUCAGGACUAGUACUUUGGACGUGAUUAGAACGAUUGCGACGAUAUCGGAACACAAAUAUCCAGCCUACCAAGAUUUGCUCAUUGUGAAUGGGUUCCCAGAGCUAACAAUCGACAUGGCCAUAAACGACGACAAUCGUUACGUUCGAUCAGGGGCGCUCAUAUGCAUAAUAAUUUUUGUCAAAAUAAACAGAAUAUGGAACGAAAAAUUUGUCAACCUUGAUUUGCCAAAAUUAGCCAUUGAUCUAAUGACCAACGAAAGCGAAGCGAUAGUGCGGAGAGAAGCGGUUAUGCUUGUCAAAGAGUUGUAUGUUCAAAGGAAAUGGCCAAGAUCAACGGUGAACGAAAUGACGCAAGCAAUGUGUGUGGUGGCCAUUUCGGAUCUUGACUGGGAAGUCAAGGUGAACGCGAUUCUAUUCUGGAAAGAAGUUAUAAAAUCGCAUUUCUGCGACCAGGGUAUGCUAGACGGAACGUUUCCGACCCACACAUUUUCCAAGGAACAUAGAAAAAUAGUUUCCCUCGACGAACAGGAAAUACGAAAACGGAUUCUGAAGGCCCUCGACGAAUUAGCGAAUCGCAGUUGCCUCGGUGUGCUCCUUGUCACUUUAGAAGACGAAAGUGAUUUCCAAGUCCGCAAAGCAUCCGGAGACAUAGUAAAGAGACUUAAGCAAUCUUUUGUAACUUACAAGAUAAGCCCGUCUUGCAGCAUGGAAACCGCUUAUCGCAAUCAAGACCGUGUUACGACAUCCGGCAACUCAUCACCGGACAACAACAGUCUAGGUCGUCGGACUGCGGAUCUGCAGAGUGAAACUGGAGAAUCCGAAGAUAAUCACGAGUUGCAAGCGAACCUUAUAAACUCGUUUACAGACGCUAAGGAAGUGAAUUUUUUCUCACCAGUUAACGAAGGCAUGCAUCAGAUGAGCAUAAACUCCAACGGAAAAUUGACCAAUGAGGAGAAGUUAGAACGCGCGUCUAAAGUCGGAAGAAAUGAAUUCAUACAAUCCGUUGUAACGUGUAACGUCGACAGUUUCAUAAACGAAAAAAGUAACUCGCUAGAGAAGAUGUGCACGAGCAAUUUCGAAUCUGUCGUUAAAGACAUUAUCAUUGCUCACAAUGAAGGAAAUAACACGACUGUCAUUGACCGAUUUAUAAGUAAUCCUUUGCACCGAUCGCUGGAUAAACUUACACACCACUCAUACUAUCGUGCAAAUACGAUUGCUGGCAUAAGUCCACUUGCAAUGUCCUCAAAGAAGUCUCCCGAUAGAUUGGACAAGCUCAAGGAGGUUCUCAAUCUUUUCUUGCUGCCCGACUACUACAUCUCUUCGACGACUUACUUCGACAUACUGCUGACCCACAUCGAGAAGGGUAUUUCCAACAGAUGUUGCCCAAACGAAGAAAUCGACAAAUCCGUUUUGCAGAAAUGGGUUUUGAAAGCUCUGAACACUUGGACCGUGGAAAAGAAGCCCUGUCAGGCUGUGAUGGUGUUCACCGUCAAGCUAGUUGGGCUCUUGGGUCGCGAUGAGUUUGACUUCCUCUUCUGGUACCGUGAAGAUAUAUUCAAGAAACUGAGCGCCGUCUUUGCCCUAAAUGAUGCAAACCUCCAGGCCUCUGUCAAAAUGGCCUAUACGGGCAUGCUGCUCGAGUUUGUUAAGCACAAAAGCGGACGGCAGUGGAUUAUCGAGGCUGAAACCUGGCGAGAUGUGAUAAGGUUUUGCCAUUCUAACCACACACUGUACGUGACCAGAGAGAGUCAAAAUUUUGUUUGGAAAUUGUUGCUGGCCGAAUCAGGAAACACGACAUUCUGCGAACAGGUUAUUUCCAACGCUGUUGAACCUUUGGUCAGGAACAAUUUCAGUUCUCAGGUUCACCCUUUGAUGGAAGAAAAUUACCUCGAGCAAAAUUCUGAGCUUCUUACUACGUUAGCUCUGCUCACAGCAAUAAUGGAAAACACACUGUUUGCCAGUAUGGAUAACACGAUACCCCGACUCUUAGAGUCGAUAGCGAAUCUGGAAUGCAGGAUAAAAGGAUUGUUCGAAACCUGCAUAAGCACAAACUUCUAUGCACACAUUAUGAAACUUGUGUACUUACUGUUGUUCAUGAGACUGAAAGAUGGAGUCAAUGAAACGGAUGGGACCGCCGACAGCCAAACGUGGAAAGUUUUUGCAACCAAUUUACGUUACAUAGACUCUAUGCUGGUUGCUAAAAAACUCAUUCUCGACAUAUCAAGAGGCGGAAAACUCGUUUUAACGUACUGGAAGAAGAUUACUAGCCUAUGCGCUUUAAAAGAGCCUAGUGAAUACAAGAUGGAAAUCCACGUGGUGAUUCUAAUGAUCAUGCCACUGACCGUUUGUAUGCGGCUUCCUGAUCUGGCUGAGGACGUAUUGGAAAUCUUUAUGCUCAAACUCUUUGCUUUAACGAAUACUUACACCCAGAGACUAGGCUACAUGAGUCGCGACAUUUUGAUCAGAGGAGAUUUGCCGACUGAGUUAAUCGCCAAAACGUCUAUUCAAAUAGCGCUGGAGACCAUAGACCUCAUAGACAGGAACAGCGCGGUAAUCAUAUUUCAGUUGAUGUCGCACGUUCUAAAGCAGUACGUAGUUGCGACAAACGAAGAACCGAAAAGCCAACCCGCGACUUUGUCUCAGGAGCAGAGAAACGAGCAUGUAAAUCGCCACGUACCAAGAUACAAGGGAAUUCUUUAUGGCGAUCCAAUAGCGCAAUGUCCGCAACUCUUGGUAGCACUGCUCGAAGGCCUCACAAUAAUUCUACAGAAGUAUAAACUCAAGUGGCAAGAGUGUUUGGAAACUAUUGGCAUUCUUUCAAUGGCUCAAACAAUCCUGAAUCAUCCAAACGCCAUACCCAAGGUGUGUCUCCAAGCACUUUCGCUGUGCAAACUGGCGAUUCAGAAUUUUAUGGCACCAAAUUUGGCCCUGCUGGUGACAUCGGACAGUCUGACGAACGAAAUGCGACAGGUAUUGUACAAGAGGGUACACGAUCCAAACUGGGAAGUUAGAGACAGCGUUUUGGAAGUGAUCAACACAAUCGCGACGAUAUCCGAAGACAAAUAUCCAGCUUUUCAAGAUUUACUUCUCGGGAAUGAAUUUCCACAACUAAUCGUGGACGUGGCGACAAAGGAUGACGAAAGCUACGUUAGAGCAACGGCACUCACCUGCAUCGUAACGUUUGUCAGGAUAAAUCGAAUAUGGGAUGAAAAAUUGUGUCAUCUUGAUUUGCCGAGAAUGGCCAUUGACUUGAUCGCUAACGAAAGCGAAGCAAUAGUGAGAAGAGAAGCGGUCAUGCUUGUCAAAGAGUUGUACGUUCAUAGGAAGUGGCCAAAAUCAACAAUCCAUGAAAUGGCAGAGGCUAUGUCUAUGGCGGCGGUCUUGGAUCUUCAUUGGGAAGUCAAAGUAAACGCACUUCAGUUCUGGACUCAAUUUAUAACGUCGCAUCUGAAUGAUCAAGGAAUGCUUGACGGAGCAUUUCCCACUCAUACAUUUUCCAAAGAACAUAAGAAAAUAGUUACCCUUGACGAGAACGAAAUAAGAAGAAGAAUUUUGAAGGCUCUUGACGAGUUGGCGCGCCAAAAUUGCUUGGGGGUACUCCUAACCACGCUGGAAGACAGUGAUUUUCAAGUAUGCAAAACGUCUGGAGAAAUAGUGAAGAUGUUGCAGGAAAUAUUUGUCAAAUACAAGAUAACUCUGUCUCAUAGUACAGAAGACGAUGUCCCUCGGGACCGUAACAAAGAAAGAGUGGAUUUCGAAGUUUUACCGCAAGCUGAGAAUCAGACGGGUGUUAACACUCGAAGCGAAACGGGAGAGUUUGAAUGUCAGUCAGUGAUACCGACCGAUAUAAUCGACCUGAUCGCAGAGGCCGACGACAUGAGUCUUCUGGGCUCUGUUUACAACCGUUCGAAUAUAAGCAUCGACGGAGAGUCAUCAGAAUCUGAGAAACUCCAAUAUAUAUCAAAAGUCAGAACAAACGAAUUUCUCCACUCGGUUCUCGGCUUUGACGUGAACGCUUACAUAGAGGAAAAAAAUCGAUGGCUAAAAACCUAUACAAACAGCUUCAGCUCUGUCAUCGACGAUAUCAUUGUUGCUCACGAGAGACACAAUGUCAACGAUAUGGACUGUUAUUAGCAGUAUGGACAUCAGAAGAGAAUAAAAUGUAAUUUAGACAGAAUUUACUCUGUGUAUGGACAUAUUAUUUUUUCAAUUAAGUUUUCUACGUUUAUAAAACAACAUCUGAUGCACUCGCGAUCAUUUUUACGCAUUUGAUAUGCGUUUCAGAAACUAAAUGGCCAGAAUGAUAUUAUCAUUUUCUGAGAAAACAAAACAGGAAAGAAAUGCUUACUAUUCAUAAUUACUCGUUUAAAAUAAUUGUCUACGUAAUCAUAAAUCUAGAAUCGAAAAAUGGAGGGAAGAAAUGUAAAACUGAAACGAUUAUUAUAUUUUUUUUUACCUCUGAAGCAAUCAAAUAUCACAAAUCAAAAGAAAACAUAAUGUAUAGCUACGUUCAUCUUUUAUAUCUAGUUUCACCUUAAUUCUAUAUUUUAAUCAGUCUCUAUUAUUUCGUGACGUGAAAAAAAAGGAAGAAAAUUUUUUUUCCCAUUACCCAAUAUUUUUUUUUCCCACUGGUGAUAAUAAUACUCUUAUUGAUAUUAUUUGACUAUCAUAGGAUAUAUUGUAUAAGUGUUAUUCGAAACUAUUUCAUCUGGUAUGAUAUUAUAUAUUACUUGGUUUGUAUUUUUGUUAAUUGUUAAUUGUUAAUCGGUAAUAUUAAAAUUGGGAUACUUGUUUUGAAAGAAGAAAAAAAAAAAACCAUAUUUACCAAUAAACAAAAAUCUCAGAACUUUAUGAAACGAUAUCCGUAUGAAAUGAAAUUAAGGUAAACAAAAAAUAGCUAUAACGACAAGUAAGAAACAAAAAAGUCGUGCAAGAUGACAAAUAAACUUAUUUAUGGAAAUAAAAAACGCCAGAAAAUACAAAACACAUAAUAAAAGUAAAUUAGCCAAUCUCGAACUGAAGUUGCACAAAAGUGGUGAAACAAUUCAGUUUUUUUUUUUUUUUGUUUGCUUUAUAAUUUUUGGAUUUCAAAUAAAACUGUACUGAAAGAGUUGAAAACAAAAUCAGACUUAUUGCUUGCUGUUUGCCGAGCCUAUCAAAUAUAUUUUACCAAAUAUUAAAAACGAUGAUUGUAAAUUAAUUAAUCACAGAUUAACGAUUAUUAAUCAUAAAAAAUAAAAUCAUAUAAUCA